AUGAAGUUUGCAAUUGCCCUCGCUGCCCUCGCCGGCGUCGCCGCCGCUGCCCCCCAGCAGCUCCGGCAGCGCAGCGCCCACGAGCGCUCAACCACGCGCCGGAACCGCACCAACCAGCGGCUGGGGGCGCCGUACACCAACGCCGACGGCGUCCGGUCGCAGACGUCGUCCAACUGGGCGGGCGCCGUGCGGCACGCCAAGGGCAUCACCAAGGUCGUCGGGACCAUCACGGUGCCGACGCCGCGGGGCGGCAGCGCCGACCAGUCGGGCGCCGCGUGGGUCGGCAUCGACGGCGACAGCUGCCAGGCCGCGCUCCUGCAGACGGGCAUCGACUUUUACGGCGACGGCAGCUUCGACGCCUGGUGGGAGUGGAUCCCGGACAACGUCGUCAUGUUUGGCGACUUCCCCCUCAGCGUCGGCGACCGCGUCUACAUGGAGGUCGACGCCUCGUCCAAGACGACGGGCGUCGCCAUCCUCGAGAACCUGACGACGGGCAAAAAGGCCACCCACACCUUUACCCGCACCCCGUCGACCCUCUGCGAGACCGACGCCGAGUGGAUCGUCGAGGACUUUGCCGACAACCUGGCCGGGUUCAGCGAAAUCAUCUUUACCAACAACUCGGCCACGACCUCCUCCGGCACCAUCACCCCCGCCGGCGGCACCGUCAUCAACCUGGCAAAGGAGGGCACUGGCCCCCUCGAGACGGACUGCGGUAUCAACGGCAAUGACGUUUACUGCAAGUACAUUGGCAACCUGUAA